AUGAACAUCAGCAGAGAGCUUUUGGAGCUUACGCAGCGGGAAAUAUUUCUCUUCGAGUUAAACCAGCUUUUGCUAUGGAUAUGCACAAGCAGUGUUGGACAUUGGGCGGCUGCUACGGAACAAUUUCCUCAUCCUGUAAUGGUGGUGAACCUGUCCUGUAAUGAGCCAAACGUGCUUCUGGAGGCAAUCGAAAAUGGAUGUCAGACCUUCAUUCUGGCACAGUCGACUGCCAUCACAUUUUUGGAUCAGUUUCACUACGUCCACGAUCGUGCAACCGUACGAUACUUCCAGAAGCGAAUCAUUUUCAUACAAGAUGACGCCUCGGAAAAUGAGCGUACCAUCGUGGAGCACAGUGCAGUGCGUGACGUGAUGGAUUUGUUGCUGGUACGCCCUCAGCCAGAUCACAACCGUGUGGAUCUGUUGACGAAAGAGUUCGAAACAGACGAUUGGAUGGUUUUGGAACGGUACAACAGCACAUCCACAACACCAGCAUCCCUCGGCGUGAAUCUAUUCCCCAACAGGCGCACUAAUCUCCGGGGACGCUACGUACGUCUUGCAAUGUUCAACUACGAACCAUACACGCUAUGGAACGGUGUGGAGAGUUCGGAUGAUGCCAACGGCACCGAGUCGCGGCUGUUCAUUGAGUUUUGUGCCAAACUGAACUGCAGUCUCGAGAUCUCGCUCGAUGAAGCAGGCGAAUGGGGACAGAUUUAUGAUAACAGGACGGGCGAUGGAAUUAUUGGAGCGGUUGUUGAACGACGAGCGGAUAUCGGAGUCGGAGCGCUCUAUUCCUGGUACCACGAGUUUAUGUUUCUUACGCUCUCGAAACCCAUCUCGCGCACCGGUGUCACCUGUAUCGUUCCGAAACCCCUGCCACUGUCCUCCUGGAUGAUUGGCAUACUGCCGUUCUCGACGAUUCUGUGGCUAGCGGUACUCACAACCAUUCUUGUAUCCACCGUGUUUGAAGUUCUGAUCAGCUAUGUAACGCAGAAGUUUAAAGCCAGUGAGUCGAAUCGGGUGGAUGUGUGUGAAUCCAUGAUGGGAGUCAUAUCCAUCUUCAUACUCCAGGCUGUCCUGCUGCGUACCAUCCGAAAUCCUUUCAGCUCGCAGAUGAUCCUGAUCGGAUCGCUGCUCAUCGUGGGCUUGAUGAUCGGAAACGCGUACAGCGGUGGACUGGCCAGCGUAAUGACGGUGCCACGGUACGAAAAAUCGAUCGACACCGUGCAGGAUCUCGCCGAUCGUAAUCUACGCUGGGGUUCGACACACGACGCCUGGAUCUUCUCCAUUCAGCUCGCAACGCAGCCGACGAUUGUGAAGUUGUUGAAUAAUUUCGUCACCAACCCGAAAGAUGUACUGCACGAGGAGGCAAAACAUCGGAACCUGGCGUACAGCAUCGAACGGUUACCGUAUGGCCACUAUGCGAUUGGCGACUACAUUACGGACGAGGUGUCCAACAACUACGAAAUCAUGCUCGAGGACAUUUACUGGGAGAACUGUGUGGCUAUGGCCACCAAAACCUGGCCGCUCAUGAACGAGCUCGACGAGCUGACGCUGGUCAUUUUCCAGAGCGGCAUCCAGCGCUACUGGGAGUUGAAGGUGGUGACAAAGUUCGCCGAUAAUAAGGUCCAGCACGCCAUCUCUACCUCGCGCCAUUUCGACAAUCCGGGCCCUAUCCCGCUGCAACCAUCGCACCUGCUUGGAGCGUUCUUCCUACUUGCCGUCGGGCUCGGUUCGGGGUUGGUGUGUAUUCUGCUAGAGCUAUUGUGGCACAGAUUAUCUGCCAGGCAGCGAGCGAUGAACCAGCACGGCGGGGUGGAUCACUGGGAAGAAUAA